AUGGCUAAAGCCGCGACCAUGUUCCUGCUGGCCGGCGCCGCGCGCGCGCUCCGCGGCCACCGCCUCCACCACUUAGCAAGACCUUCUAGAACGGUCAUGUCCGCGGCGACGCUCGACCGCACGACCCCCACCAAACUCCAAGACGCCGAAAGUUUCCUCAAGGACAUCGACGUCUUCAUUUUUGAUUGUGACGGCGUGAUCUGGAAGGGCGAUUCAUUGAUCGACAAGGUCCCGUCCGUCUUGGAAUUACUGAGAAAGCUCGGAAAAAAAAUCUUCUUCGUGACGAACAACUCGACCAAGUCCCGCAAGGGCUACAAGGGCAAGUUCGAGAAGCUUGGUCUUGACGUCGAGCCCGAGGAAAUUUUUUCUUCUUCGUUCGCCGCGGCGGCCUACCUGGAGCAGACGGAGUUCAAGAAGACGGGCAAGAAGGUCUAUAUUAUCGGCGAGGUCGGCAUUGAAGAGGAGUUGGACCCUGCGUGGAAAUCAAAUUUCGGGCGUCCCGCGCUUCCGUAGCUGCGUCUGCGCGAUGGCGUGGCGAUUCCACGCCAUCGACGCGACGUUAUCCCCGUGGCCGCGUCGGCUCGAUGGCGUGGAGGUCACGAAGGUCCACGCAAUAUUUUCUCGGGAUGAACUAACUCACUGAGUGAUUUCCACGCAGGCUGGACCUCAUCGGCGUGCCGUACAUCGGCGCCGGCAAGGACUCGGACAAGGAGCCGAACAUGAAGCCCGGUGUGUGACCGGCGUCCCGUUGAUGCGGCGAUGGCGUGACGCGGCGAUGGUGUCGCGUCCGAUGUUACGCGUCGACACCGUGACGCGUCGCUCUGAUGGCGUCGCGGCGGGAGUAGUCCUACCCCGCCCGCGCGCCAUCGACGCCGUCUCGGGACCGCCCCCACGCCAUCGACGUCAUAUCACGCAGGCGGCAAGCUCGAGCCCGACGAGGACAUCGGCGCCGUCGUCUGCGGCUUCGACCGCGAGAUCAACUACUUCAAGAUCCAGACGGCGCAGCUCGCCAUCAACGAGAUGGGCGCCGAGUUCAUCGCGACGAACUUGGACGCGGUCACGCAUCUCACGGACGCCCAGGAGUGGGCGGGCAACGGCGCCAUGGUCGGCGCGAUCAAGGGCUGCACCGGGCAGGAACCUACUUUAGUAGGGAAGCCGUCGCCGCUCAUGAUCGACUACAUGGAGAAGAAGUUCGGCCUGGACCGGUCGCGCAUCUGCAUGGUCGGCGACCGCCUCGACACGGACAUCCUCUUCGGCAACGACAACGGGCUCAAGUCGUGCCUCACGCUGUCGGGCGUGACGACGGAGGAGAAGCUGCUCUCGCCGGAGAACAAGGUGAUCCCCGACUUCUACGUCGACUCGAUCGCGGACUACCUCGGGUAGGUUUGUAUGGGGGCUAAUUUGAAAAGUCUA